CUUUGAUCCAGCAUUACCUCUGAUCAAGUGCCUCAUGAAAAACGCACACGCGUUUUCGCUUCCAUUCUGGUCAUACGACUAUGCCGACUGCGCAGAUUGUGCAACGGGGUGGUGGCUGCGAUAUGCAACCAAUCAGAGCGAAAACGAUGGAAGACGAAAUCGCAGCUCUUGUGAUUGACAAUGGAUCGGGUAUGUGCAAAGCCGGAUUUGCUGGCGAUGACGCACCACGAGCUGUCUUCCCAUCCAUAGUGGGACGUCCCAGACACCAAGGUGUAAUGGUGGGAAUGGGACAGAAAGACUCGUAUGUUGGAGAUGAGGCUCAGUCUAAAAGAGGUAUCUUGACCCUUAAGUACCCGAUCGAACAUGGUAUUGUCACAAACUGGGACGACAUGGAAAAGAUCUGGCAUCAUACUUUCUACAAUGAGCUCAGAAUUGCACCUGAAGAGCACCCCGUGCUUCUUACUGAAGCUCCCUUGAACCCCAAAAGCAACAGGGAAAAGAUGACACAAAUCAUGUUUGAGACUUUCAACACUCCAGCUAUGUAUGUAAACAUUCAAGCUGUAUUGUCAUUGUACGCAUCUGGCCGUACUACCGGUAUUGUUCUUGAUACUGGAGAUGGUGUCACCCACACCGUGCCCAUCUAUGAGGGUUAUGCACUUCCUCACGCAAUUCAACGACUUGAUCUAGCUGGUCGUGAUCUCACCGACUACAUGAUGAAAAUUCUCACCGAGCGUGGCUACACCUUCACUACCACUGCUGAACGUGAAAUUGUCAGAGAUAUCAAGGAGAAGCUCUGCUAUGUCGCUCUUGACUUUGAACAAGAACUUUCACUUGCUAGCUGCUCAUCGUCACUCGAGAAGAGCUACGAACUUCCUGAUGGACAGGUCAUCACCAUUGGAAACGAGCGCUUCCGCUGUCCUGAGGUUCUCUUCCAACCUAACUUCGUCGGAAUGGAAUCAUCGGGUAUACACGAAACCACAUACCAGUCUAUCAUGAAGUGUGACGUCGAUAUCAGAAAGGACCUUUAUGCUAAUACCGUAUUAUCUGGAGGCACUUCAAUGUUCCCUGGAAUUGCCGACAGAAUGCAAAAGGAAAUCCAACACCUGGCGCCAAGCACGAUGAAAAUCAAGAUCAUUGCCCCACCAGAAAGGAAAUACUCAGUCUGGAUUGGAGGAUCAAUCCUCGCCUCUUUGUCGACCUUCCAACAACUUUGGAUCUCCAAGCAAGAAUAUGAUGAAUCUGGCCCAGCUAUCGUUCACCGCAAAUGUUUUUAGAUGUAAUUUUCCGUAUGUAAAUCAUUUGUUAAUCAAACAAGGUAAUAAAAUCUAAUGACGUAAAA